AUGGCCUAUUUAAUAGAUUUAAAAACUAUUGCUAUCAUGGAUUUAUCAUCUGGUUUAAAUAUUGGUCAGAUCAGUCAUGAUUCUAAAAUAGAUUGGUUAGAGCUGAAUGAAACCUGUAAAACAUUGUUAUAUAGGGAUAAGAAACUCAAGUUGCAUCUUUAUGACAUUGAAACAGAACAGAAAUCCAGUAUAUUGAAUUAUUGCUCUUAUGUUCAGUGGGUACCAGGUAGUGAUGUAGUAGUAGCUCAGAAUAGAGGUAAUUUAUGUGUGUGGUAUAAUAUUGAUGCUCCAGAAAGGGUUACCAUGUUCCCACUAAAGGGUGAUAUAGUAGAUCUAGAGAGAACUGAUGGUAAAACAGAAGUAGUAGUAAAGGAAGGUGUACAGACUAUAACCUAUACAUUAGAUGAAGGUUUAAUAGAAUUUGGUACUGCUAUUGAUGAUGGGGACUAUUCAAGAGCUGUAGCUUUCCUGGAAUCAUUAGAAUUGUCAUCAGAAACAGAGGCUAUGUGGAAGACAUUAAGUAAACUUGCUUUAGAAGAAAGACAACUACAUAUAGCUGAAAGAUGUCAUUCAGCAUUAGGUGAUAUUGCUAAAGCCAGAUUUUUAAAAGAUACUUUGACUAUUGCUGAAGAAGCUGCAAAGCAUACUGGCGGUAAUGGCUAUAACCAUUAUAAAGUAAGAGCUAGAUUAGCUAUAAUGGAGAAGAAGUUUAAAGAAGCAGAAGGGAUCUAUCUAGAACAGAAUCAUAUUAAUGAAGCUAUGGAAAUGUAUCAAGAAAUGCACAUGUGGGAUGAGGCUAUACAAGUUGCUGAGGCUAAGAGUCAUCCUGAAUUAGAAACAUUAAAACGUAACUAUAACCAAUGGUUAAUGGAAACAGGACAAGAAGAGACUGCAGGAGAGCUGAAAGAAAGAGAAGGGGAUUAUAUGGCUGCUAUUAAUUUAUACAUGAAGUCUGGUUUACCUGCUAGAGCUGCUAGACUGGCUUCUUCUAGAGAGGAAUUGAUGUCUAAUUCUGACCUAAUCAGUAGAAUAGCAGGUGCUUUGAUUAAAGCAGAACUUUAUGAGAGGGCUGGUGAUCUAUAUGAAAAAAUAAGAGAUUAUCAAAAAGCUAUGGAAUGUUUUAAAAAGGGUAAAGCUUAUAAAAGAGCUGUUGAACUAGCCCGUCAUGCUUUCCCUACAACUGUUGUAACACUAGAAGAAGAAUGGGGUGACUAUUUGGUUUCACAGAAACAACUUGAUGCUGCUAUCAAUCAUUUUAUUGAAGCUGGAUCCAAUAUGAAGGCAGUAGAGGCAGCUAUAACAUCACGACAAUGGGCUAAAGCUGUACAGAUAUUAGAAAUACAAGAUUCAGCUAUGUCUGCUAGAUAUUAUAAGAAGAUAGCUGAUCAUUAUGCCUCUGUUGGGGAAUAUGAGACAGCUGAAAGGUUCUAUGUUGAAGCAGGGUGUACUAGAGAUGCUGUUGAUAUGUAUAAUAAUGCUGGUAAAUGGGAAAGAGCUCAUAAGCUGGCAGCCACCUAUAUGAAAGGUGAUGAUGUAUCUACAUUAUAUAUAUCACAAGCUAAACAACUUGAAGAACAGGGCAAGUUUAAAGAUGCUGAAAAAUUAUAUGUAGCUGUUGAAGAACCUGAUUUAGCUAUAACUAUGUAUAAAAAACAAAGAUUAUAUGGUGAUAUGAUACGUUUAGUUAAAACAUAUCAUCCUGACUUAUUACAAGAUACUCAUCUACAUCUUGCUAAGGAAAUGGAAGGAGAGAAUAAUUUAAGACAAGCUGAAUUACAUUAUGUUGAAGGUGAAGAUUGGAAAGCAGCUGUUAAUAUGUAUAGAGCAGCUGAUAUGUGGGAUGAAUCUUAUAGAGUAGCCAAGGCACAUGGUGGUCAACAAGCUGCUAAACAAGUUGCUUAUCUGUGGGCUAAAAGUCUGGGUGGUGAUUCAGCUGUCAAACUAUUAAAUAAAUAUGGUUUAUUAGAGGCAGCUGUUGAAUAUGCCACAGAAAACUGUGCGUUUGAGUUUGCGUUUGAUUUAGCUAGAAUGGCCAUGAAAGAAAAGAUGCCAGAAAUACAUCUGAAAUAUGCCAUGUUUCUGGAGGAUGAAGGAAAAUGUGCUGAGGCUGAAGCAGAAUUUAUUAAAGCAAAUAAACCUAAAGAAGCUGUUCUUAUGUAUGUCCACAGUCAAGAUUGGGAUGCAGCUCAGCGUGUAGCAGAAGCAUUUGACCCUGAAUCAGUAUCAGAUGUGUUAGUAGGUCAAGCAAGAUUUGCUUUUGAUGAGAAAGAAUUUGCUAAGGCUGAGUCGUAUCUGUUACGAGCUCAGAAACCUGAAUUAGCUGUUAAAUUCUAUAGGGAUUCUGGUAUGUGGCAAGAUGCAUUACGUGUCUGUAAAGAAUAUGUGCCUAAUAAACUACAACAGUUACAAGAUGAAUAUGACAAUGAAAUGACUGAUAAAUCAACCAGAGGAGCAGAGUCUAUGAUACACCAAGCAAGAGAAUGGGAAGCUAAUGGAGAAUAUGCUAGAGCUGUCGAAUGUUUCCUUAAAGUUACCAAUAAACUAACAUCAGAUCAAAAUAUCCUGGAAAAAUGUUGGAUGAAGGCUGGUGAUUUAGCUUUGAAAUUUUUAGGAACUGAAAAGGCUCAAAUGGUUAUUGAAGUUGCCUGUCCUAGACUUGCUGAACUUCAUAAAUAUAGUUCUGCAGCUGAACUAUAUCUUGGUUUAGAUAUGAUAAAAGAGUCUAUAGAUAUGUUGAUAUUGGGUGGAGAAUGGAAUAAAGCUAAGAAGGUGGCUAAAGAACUUGAUCCAAGAUUAGAAGGAUAUGUAGAAGAUAGAUAUAAAGACCAUUGUAGAAAUCAAGGCCGAGUAGAUGAUUUGGCCAAUGUUGAUGUCAUUGGAGCGUUAGAUUUAUAUGCUGAGAAAGGUGAAUGGGAAAAAUGUAUUACCACAGCAGAACAACAGAAUUAUAAUAUUUAUAAACGAAUAUUUAAUGAUAUUGUGUGUGCCGAGGGGUUGAAUAAAUCUGAUGCUUAUAGAAUCUGGGCAGAUUUACGAGAUAUGUUUUAUGAUUUGUGUGAGAAUAUGGGUAAAUCUCAAGAAGCAGGUACACCACAAUAUGAAGAAUUUCAGAUAAUGACAUUAAUCAGUCAUUAUUAUGCUGUACGGUCUGCUGCUAUGGGUCAAGGUUCAUUAGAAAGUAUUGCUAUGCGACUCUCUGUAUCAAUGUUACGUCAUACAGAUAUUAUACCAGCAGAUAAAGCUUUCUAUGAGGCUGGUACAAUGUGUAAGGCAGCUGGUUCAGAAAACAUGGCUUUUGUGUUUUUAAACAGAUGUUUAGAUAUUACUGAGGCUAUUGAAGAUGGUAGUUUAGACAUGUUAGAUCACAGUGAUUUUCAAGAUACAGAUAUACCAUUUGAAAUACCUUUACCUGAAAAACCAUUCUUAUCAACUCAACAACAUGAGGAAAUAAAAGAGUGGGUAUUAGCUGUCUCUAUGGAUCAACGUGUAGCUCAGAUACUACCUAAAGAUGAGAGAAAUACAUAUGAAGCAUCAUUAGUAGCUAGUGACACUGGUAUUAGAUCUUUACCAUGCAUUAUAACUGGUUAUCCUGUCCUGAGAAAUAAAGUCGAAUUUUCAAAACCUGAUAAAGUAGCUAAUAAAGAUGACUGGAAUAAAUUUCUUAUGGCUACUAAAGUAUCUCACAGUCCAGAAUUGAAAGAUAUACUGAAGUUUAUUGGAGCUUUUGGUGGAGCUGCACCAAAUCCUACUUAUUCUUUUCAAUAAUUAUAUAUUCUAAUAUAAUACUGUUAUUGAUUAAUGUUUAGUCUAGUUAUUUUUUUUGUUAUUUUCCGUCCAUUAUUUCUGUGAUAGUUAUUUCUAUUAUUAUUUAUUGUCAUAUUAUAUGAAUUUGUUCUGGAUAUUCAAUUUAUUGUAAUUAUGUUUGUCAAAUUUUCACUGAAAUAGUAUUAAGUUGAAUUAACUAAAUUCAUAUUAUUUAUUGCUAAGUGUUUCAGAAAUGGAGAUGCAAAAUGCAUAAAAUUCAUUGUAAUACACUUUUGACAUUAUGCAUACUAUUUUGAAAGCAAAAAAUUGUGAUUUGAGUCUAACUUUACAGUUAACAGGUUAUUGAUGUCACAAGUUGAAGGAGGAUACCUUUGUUAACCAUAUGAUCAUUGUAGACUUGCAAUUCUGUCAACUUAUCUUAACUAUUGUACAACUGUAGAUUAUAGUUUAAAGGGAAAGGUUCGCCAAUCGUUUGACUAAUCAUACCUUUGUCUCAGAACAAGAAUUUUUUUUAGCUAAGCUAAUCAGUAAUAGUGUUCACAGCUCAUUGUCAAAAUUUCAGCCUUCAAACCCAAGUGUGUCCAGAAUUAUUUGCGUAUGAAAGUAAAAUGUUGAUGUGUCAUCUCUUGAGGCUCUGCAUAUAUAUAGAAAUGACAUGUAUAGAAAUAGAAAGUGAACUUCCUAGUUAGAGGAAUAUUAGAAGUAAUCAUGCAGUUUUCCUACACUUCUAGACUAGAAGUUCUAGUACUUCUGAAUACUAUUUACAUUAAGGACCCAAAUCAACCCCCGAAAAUGCCGAACCUCUACCUUUAAGACGGGUCAGUGAUUUAAAAAAUUUGUCAUAUGGCUACACACCAAAUUUGAUAAAACAGGGACCUCUAUUGCGUUCACAAGCUUCUUUCAAGGUUUUUACAGUAUACCGAGGGCUGUAACUUCCUUAGAAAAUAUUGAGAAUUAGUGUAUCAAAUCCCCAUGAUCAAAAAGGAUUAUAUGUAUGUAAAAAUUUUAUGUUUAAUCUUCAAAUAAACAUUUGUGAAAAACUUCCUUUGAGAAUAAUUCUCGUACACAAAUGCAAUUGGCUUGUCAUUGUUUUGUCUUUAUAUAUUGAUGAUCAACACAAUUCACUCAAGUUUUUACAAUCUAAUCACAAACAUCACAGAAUUACACAUCAAUUCAGAAACACUGGGAAUAGUUAUUGUUGGAAAUCCCACUUUCUAUCUUUAUAUUUCUUCAAUAAAUGUUUAUAUUGAUCUCUGACCUUAUCUCUAUCCUCUGGCUCUGGUGUGUACGGUUCGUCUCCCUUCCACCAUCUAAUCCAAUGUACUUUCAACUAAACAGAGAAAAAAAUAAUUAAACACUGCAUGGAUAGGUUACUUCCAUAAUUUUUCAAGGCAGUUUAAAGCUUUAAAUUUUCAAAUGAUACAGACUUCUGUUGACUGCAGGAACAAUUUUUGGCAGAUACAGAAUUCAAAAUGUCAAUGUUAAUCCUGCACUGAAAAUUUACAUAUUUCAUUUUACUAUAAACAUUUGAUAGUUCAGAUACAGAUAAAAAGUUCAGGUCAAAUCCUGGCCACUGUUUCACAAAAAAAAUAGUAAGUUUUCUGUUCAUUGCAUUUCACAAAAAAAAGUGCUGACUUAUUUUAAUCCUUACAACACUAGCAGCUACUAAUUAGGUAUAUUUUAAACAUUAUUAUGUUAUGUAACAUGAACCUUAUAAUUUGUGUUAGUACUUGCUGUUGGAAUAGACAUGUUUAUCAAGUUAUUAAAUGUUACUCGCUUUUGUUGUUCCAUUUUGGUUUUAAAACAG